AUGGACCGCCAACAGCGCCACAGCUCUGUGGCCUCGACAAAGAGAGGCGCCCAGAGUGACUCCAAAUUUGUUUCGUUUUGCACGUUCGUUGCACUACACCAGGUUACAGAGGUAGUAACGACAGUAGCAACAAUCUAUGCUUUAUUCGGGAACGAUCUGAAGCUAUGGGCUACUUCAGUAACUGCCGACUUACCCUUCGAUAUAGUUGCUAUCCUCUGCCUAGUAAUCUUUACACUGGAAAUAUUUGUUAGCUGCGUUGGCAAGGAGAACUACACAUGGCAUACUUUUUUCUGGUUUGAUCUGAUCUCUACCGGAACUUUGAUUCUAGAUUUGUCAUGGAUUUACUAUGAAAUGUAUCUAGUUGUCGAAGAAAAUGCCGAAAUGGCGUCGAGCGAUGUAAUGCAGGUGUCUCGAGCGGGAAAGGCAGGCUCGCAGGUAGCAAGGGUACUGAGGGUAAUGAGGUUAGUCCGGCUGAUCCGAGUUGCAAAGCUCUACAAAACGUUGGCAUUGCGCUUUCAGCCUAAGGAGGAAGUUACAUACCAACAAGACCUGUUUCUGGAGCCUGGAGAGCGGGCGCCUGACGACGUCGGGCUAGAAGAAGAGGCAGAGGUCGUGGAUGAUGGAGAUGAAUAUGACAGCAAGAUCGGCCGGGAACUCACAGACAGAACUACCAGGAAGGUGAUAUACAUUAUCCUCGUUAUGACUAUAGUGCUACCCUUUCUGUCUGAGGAUCAAUACCUUUCGAAGACGAGCUCCGAACAGUCCGGAUUGGACAGCGUCGCAGAGUCUGCCACAGCGGCUAAGCGAUACAAUACAGCUCCUUGGUGGCGGAUGUACUCCAUGAAUACCGUUUACUACAUCAACUACCACCGAAAGCACGGCAUUGGUUACGUGGAAGGAGAAAUAAAUCCCCAGAAUUUGGUCUACAUGGAACUUCCGCUCCCCUUAACUCACGUCACUGAGUCAGCUGGGCGUGUUUUCGUAGAUAUGGCAUGCCUUGGCUUCAAGAGUUGCGAUCAUCCCCUGGAACUACCGCCACAAAGCGCAGAAGAGCUACUCCUUGCAAGCGCAGUCAACGGAACAAUGCUGACCGAUGAACUGGAAUCAAUAGAUUCAUUGAGACCCAGUGAACGGGAAAUAUUUUCUUCUGCAUUUUGUGAAGGACCCUCCGAGGAAGUGGCCGGACCUCUGGAAACCCAGAAGGCCUCUUCAUGUGUGUCUCAGAACAUUUCAAUUUUCAAGGCGGUGUAUGACAAGCGCGAACUUUCGCAUUUGGAGUGCGCCCUGAGUAUGCUGAAAACCGUGUUCGUGUGCCUAAUUAUGGUUAUUGGCACAGUGGCAAUUAACCAUGACAUCAAUACUCUGAUUCUGAGGCCCAUCGAAAGAAUGAUUACAAAGAUGAACAAAAUUAGAAAUAAUCCUCUUGCGGCCACCAACAUGAACGCAGAAGGGGAGGACCGCCAAAGCGAAGAAAGCGCUGACGGAGCAAAAGGAGAUCCCCUACAAGCAAUAAAAACCUGGAUGGGUGGUAAAAGCUCGAAGACGCAGAAGGAGAACUAUGAAACUGCCAUAUUGGAAAAAACCAUAAUAAAGAUUGGGGGUCUGCUAGCCCUUGGUUUUGGAGAGGCCGGUGCUGAAAUCAUUGCUAAGAACAUGCAUACUGCAGAUGGAAACAUCAACGCAAUGAUAGAAGGACGCAAGAUGGAAGCUAUUUUUGGCUUCUGUGAUAUCCGAAACUUCACAGAUGCAACGGAGAUCCUGAAAGAAAAAGUUAUGGUGUUUGUGAAUCAGAUUGCGGAAAUCGUCCACGGCACAGUGGACCAGUUCUCCGGGAGCGCGAACAAAAACAUAGGAGAUGCAUUUCUUCUCGUAUGGAAGUUUCCAGAGAGAGAGAUCGCCGAUGGAAUAAAGGAACAAAUUAUUGACACAGUCACAAGCAACAAGCUAGCAGAUAUGGCAGUGAUGUCUUUUGUCAAAGUCGUAGCUGGGAUAAACAAGUCACACACUUUGGCUGAAUACAGGGAAAUACCUGAGAUCAUUGAGCGCAUGGGAACUGGCUGGAAGGUGAAGAUGGGCUUCGGUCUGCAUGUUGGAUGGGCCAUCGAGGGAGCCAUUGGAUCGGAAUACAAAAUUGACGCUUCAUAUUUGUCUCCAAAUGUGAACAUGGCUUCCAGACUCGAAGCAGCAACCAAGCAGUAUGGAGUGACGAUCCUCAUAUCAUCCGACCUGUACGAUAUUAUGUCUCCACAGACGCAGACAUACUGCCGCCAAAUUGACCGAGCGACAGUAAAGGGCUCUAAGGUGCCUCUAGGCCUUUAUACGGUUGAUUUGGACCCCGGCAGACUGCAGGUCCCAUCAAGGGCUCCUGUCACCGUUGCCUCUAAACACACGGCCUCCCUUCAAAGACAGCAGCGCCUUCGCGAUAAAAACAGGCUUUGGUCCAGUCGUACGUCGAUUUCUGCAAUGUUUGAGACUGAUCCUGACAUUGUAUCUAUGCGUGAACACUUGACCAAAGAAUUUCUUGGGACGUUUCGAUCAGGAUUCAGGCAUUAUGAAGCCGGCGAGUGGUAUACCGCUCGAGAAAUAUUUGUGCGCACGCAGUACAUGCUCGGCGUAGAGGACGGCCCUUCUACGGUUCUGCUUCACUUCAUGAGCACAAAAAACUACGUUGCCCCGGAAGACUGGGGUGGGUUUCGUGAGCUCAUAGAGAAGUAG